AUGCAUGAGCUUUCAAGGUUGAAACGAGAGGUUGCAAGGGCUGGAAUCAACCUUUUAGAUUCUGUCAGAAUGGGCACCACUCCCAAAGCACGAACAGAGAAGAAGAAGACAAUCUGGCGACUCAACCUGGAGCGUAGAGCCCCUCAAAAACGACUUCCUUUUGAUGAUUGGAAUGUCAGCAGUCCUGAGAAAGGCCCGCUCCUCAGCACCGAAACCCCCUCUUUGCCUUUUUGA